GGACAGUAAAGACUAUCAUCUGUAUCUCGAACAAAUAACAUUUCAACAGAACGUCUGAUAUCAGAACUGAGAGAGAUGGAGAGUGUUCUCUCAGUGAAGAUGUUGGCCGUGUUGACUCUGGUUCUGGUGGUAUCCAGUGUGAGUGAGGGACGGGUUCUGAGUAAAUGUGAGCUGAAGGCUCAUCUUGAAGCAGCUCAGUUUCAGCUGACAGCCAUGGGAAACAAUAUGACAGUAGACGAUUUCAUCGCAGCAAUUGUCUGCAAAGCAAAUGCUUCAGCCUUCAACACCAACAUGGUCAAAGCCAUUGCGAUUAAGCAUGAGGAGAAGCAGCUCAAUCAAACUCUACCUCAAGGCCCCUCUAAAGGUCCACCUCAAGGAUCAACUCAAGGCCCACCUCAUGGCCGACCUCAUGGCCGACCUCAAGGCCCACCUCAAGGCCCACCACAAGGACCACGUCAAGGCCCACCACAAGGACCACGUCAAGGCCCACAUCGAAGACGACGUCAAGCCCCAUCUCAAGGCCCAUCUCAAGCCCCACCUCAAGCUCCACCUCAAGACCCACCUCAAGGCCCACCUCAAGCUCCAACUCAAGACCCACCUCAAGGCCCACCUCAAGCUCCAACUCAAGGAUCACCUCAAGGUCCACCUCAAGGUGCACGUCAAGGCCCUCCUCAUGGCCCAUAUCAAGGCCCACCUCAAGGAUACCCUAAAGGCCUACCUCAAAGUCCACAUCAAGGCCCACCUCAAGGAUCCCCUCAUGGCCCACGUCAAGGCCCAGCCGAAGGAUCACCUCAAGGCCCACCUCAAGCUCCACCUCGAAGACAACGUGAUGUUCCACCUCAAAGUCCAUCUCACGCACCACCUCAAAGCCCAUCUCAAUCUCCACCUCAAAGCCCAUCUCAAGCUUCACAUCUAGGCUCACCUCAUGGCCCACCACAAGCUCCACCUCAAAGUCCCCCUGAGGCCCACCCUCGGGGCCCCCCUCGAAAACCCAACAGACGUGUCCGUGAAGUGAAGGAGCCAAAGUUGCCCACAGUCUCAAAUCUGUUUGGAGUGUUUCAGCUCAGUGAGCAGUUAGCCUGUGAUUCCGGCAAGGUGCCAACUCUCAAUGUUUGCAAAAUGAACUGCACUGCUUUGAUUGAUGAUGACAUCAUGGAUGACAUUGCCUGCCUGAAGACCCUGUUUAGCAGCAUGACACCAAAACCCAAAGAGAAACCCUCCGGUUUUACUCCUCCUCCUAACGCGUUGGAUACGCUCUUGAUGAAGGAGUGUCGCUCUGUCGUUCCCUCUCUGUACUUUGCUGAGUGUGCUUAAAACAUCCAAUGGCCCCACGAACAAGCCAAACCCCACUCCAGACUAGACAGCUUCCUCCUGCUGCUGACCAUAACACUAACACCAUUAUUUUACUCUUCUGAUCUGGUAUAAUACUGCAGACGUACCAGUGAACUACAGAGUAACAAUGUCCUCAGUCUGAUAGUCCAUGGUGACUGCUUUUGAUUGAAUCAUGUUUGGGUUAUUAUGAUGGUGGUGGGACCUGGGUGCUUUUAAACGUCUAAAGGCUCCAAAUAGAUACUGAACAGAGGGCAUUUGUGCAUAAAGAAACUUUAUUUAAUUGCUGUAAUACUGUAAAAGUGCAGUGAGAUAAGUUGUAAUCCAAAUUUCUGUAUUCACUUAACAUGAACCUCUCUUAUCUUUAUAUCACAUACUGUACUGAUACUGUAUUGUAAUUUAUAUACGCUACUGUCACUUUAUCAUUAAAAAUAUUUAAAC